GCGUUUUGAACGGAAAGACUGAUUCAAACUCCUGACUGGGCUGUCAGAGCAGCGCGCGCAGUGGUUUUAUAUUCAUUUUUAAAGUAUUUUAUAUUUAAUUGAUAACAGUGACCUGCUUUUUUUUGUCAUGGCGACUCCUCCGAAGAGAAUUUGCUCCUCUCUUGACUUCAACAGCAGCUUUGAAAAGAGAGUUAAGAAGAUUUCCAUUGAAGGAAACAUUGCUGCAGGCAAGUCGACCUUUGUGAAGUUGUUGGAAAGAGAAUCGGAGGAAUGGGACGUGAUCCCUGAGCCCAUUGGCAAGUGGUGCAAUGUUCAGACUACGGAGAACGAGUGUGAGGAGCUGACCACAUCCCAGAAGAGUGGAGGCAACCUGCUGCAGAUGUUGUAUGACAAGCCCAGCCGCUGGUCCUACACCUUUCAGACCUACGCCUGCCUCAGCCGCGUUCGUGCCCAGCUUCGGCCUGCCUCUGUCAAGCUGCAACAGGCUGAGCAUCCAGUCCAGUUCUAUGAGCGCUCAGUCUACAGUGACAGAUAUAUUUUUGCUUCAAACUUAUUUGAAUCUGGAGACUUGAAUGAAACGGAGUUUGCAAUCUACCAAGACUUUCAUGGCUGGCUUCUCUCUCAGUUUGAGUCUGACCUUGAGCUUGAUGCCAUGAUCUAUUUGAGGGCCAAUCCUGAGAGGUGUAUGCAGCGUCUUAAACACCGAGGUCGUGAAGAAGAGCUGGGAGUUCCUCUGGAGUACUUGGAGAAGCUUCACUAUAAACAUGAAUGUUGGCUCUAUAACAGAACUACACAGCUUGAUUUUGGGAACUUGAAGGAUCUCCCCAUUCUGGUGCUGGAUGUUAACGAUGACUUCAAGAAUGACAGAAUAAAGCAGCAGGCAAUACUUGAUAAGGUGAAGGAAUUCCUGUCUACGCUCUAAUACAUAAUCAAGCUCUUUCCAAAGUGUGUGUUAAGUGCACAUAUAUGGCUUAUUUUUUUAUGGAACAUCAAGUACCUCAAAUACAUUCUAUAUCGUAUGCUUUUACAUUAAAAUCUUCAAGCAGCUUUUACAAACAACUGCAGGGACCUCUGACGGUGUGUUCAGGGCUAUGAAUGAGGAGCAGAAUAAUGUAAUUAAUGUAAAUAUGUAUUUUCUAUUUCUAAUUUUUUUUUUUUUUAAUCCAAGUAUUUUUAUUUUUUUUUAAAUGUGGAAAUAUGUAAACUUCAAUAAAUGGUGUUGGGUCUUUUC